UAAAUUUAUUGGUAAUUAAGUUUGUUUUGAGUAUAAAAAUGAUAUUCAAAUUCACAACUCCUUUUAUCCACGCCCCCUUUUUCCUUUAUUAUUAGCAACUAGUUUGAGGAUAUUUGAAGGUACGAGGACUAUUUAUCGUCACAGUGUGCCUUAUAAAAGCUGCCAAAUGACUGAUGAUGUGUCAUGGCAGUCUAAGAUAAAGAAAAAUAAAAAUAAAUCAUUUGAUCUAAAUAUUUAGAUAUUGUGUCGGCAGAUGAGAAUAAUUUGUGUCAAAUGUUCUAAACUCGUCACGGUCAUUCCACCCAUUAAUACGUUCGUUUUUCUUUUUGCCACAGUGGAAGCGCAAAGUGAAAGUAGAAACUGAUUUCCUGGAAAUUCACUUUCGGAAUAUUAUACUCCGAAGGCAUAGGAAUUGAUAAUCAAAACGAAAUUGAAAAUGAAAAGAGGAAAUUGAUUUUUUUUAUAUAUAAUCUGAUGAAAUUUGAAAAUGAAAUAUUCAAAGAAAACGUGUAAUUCGUUUGGAUAAUGUAAUACGCAGUUGGUGAUAUCUUGCAGCGUGUUUGAAAGUUAUUAAAAAACUUUGGUCAGAAAAUAGUGAGUUAUUGGGCACAACAGCCAUUACAAGAUAUGGAGGACACAGAUUACAAUGCAGUCACAAUGUUAGAUGGCAAUGCCAAAACCGAUUCCAUGUCUGACAUUGAUCCAUACUAUAGUGAUGAUUCAGUAAUGUCAGGCAACCAUAGUGUCAUGUCCACUGAGGACAACAUUGCUGAGAUGGACAGCUUACCUAUUGCAAGAAAACAAUCACUACUUUACCAAAGAGUCCCUGAUUGCAAUAGUCAUGUUAGUAGAGAAAUCAGCCCUAACACAUUUUCUACAGUUUAUGAUCAGAGAGUUCCAGAUGAUAUAAUGGACAUGGAUGUGUCUCAGUCAAAGGCAUAUUUGAAUGCAGCCCUUCUUUGUCUUGAUCAAAUUGUUGAAUACCUAGAGAGGAAUGAUCUAGGUGAAGCUAGGAAGCACUGUAUAAAAGUUUAUGACAUUUUACAAGACAUACAUGAUCCAGCACUUGAUUCAGACAAGCUUACAGCAUACAACACUUGUUGUUGUAUCUUUCAGCAGUGUGGAGAUCAUGAGUAUGCAUUAGAAUGCUAUUAUAAAGGAUUUUGGAUAAAAAAACUAGAAAUUUAUCCUGUACAUGCCAGUGAAGCAUUAGCAUACUGGAUUCCAUUGAUAGAAGGACUAAAUUUCGUAAAACUUAUAGCCUUAAUAAGGACUCGGAAAGCAGAGACAGACAAACAGUUUGCCAGCAACCCAACAGGAAACUGUGACAAGGCAUUGUACAUAUAUCUAGAUCUUAAUAUAUCUCUGAGGAGUGUACAGGAAGACUUCCAGUUAGCCAAGGCUGUUGUUGAAGAUGUGAGAUGUAUCCUGAUACAGAUAACAAAAUGUUUCCUUCUUAAGGGAAAAAAUGAACAAGUCUGUAAAAUUUGUAGAGAUAUUGACACAAAAUUUCCUGUUACAAUAGGAAGUUCGAUGAUAGGUGAUUUUUUCCAAACUUGGAGUAAAGCCCUUGGGAAUCUAAAGAAGUUUGAUGUCGCAAGGAAAAAAAUUCAACAAGGCUUAGAGAUGGUCUUUACUAAGGAAGAUAAAGAUGCUGCUAAAUGUUUGCUGUCACAGAUUAAUCUGAUGGAGGAUGAGAAUAGAGAACCUGCCAAUGAUACAGUAGACAGUGAUGAUGAAUAUGUUAGAGGGUCUAAUUAUAGCACCCUUGAACAGCAAAGGCAACAGGCAGAAGAAGCAAAAGCAAAACAUCAUAAGAGAACAGCACGUCGCCGUCCAAAAAGAAAUUCUGAGAGUCAAGACUAUAUAAAUGCCACAUGGACAGAGCUUCCAAAGAAACGAAGAGGUAGGAAACGUCACCUAACGGCAUCGUCAACAGGCAGCCAAGCAUCAGAAGAUUCAGAACAACUACCAUUACCAGAGGCCCAUGCAAAUUCAGACAUUGAUUCGGAUAAAGAAUUUGACACUAUGUCAAGGUCAGAUUGGUUUGGUUCACCUGAUUCAUCAAGUGAGGAUGAGUCUGAUCUGGAGGACUUCUCCAAUGUAGACCAAUUUGAGAAAAGUUCACGAAAGUUUGAUGAUGGCUCUGAUGAAAUAGAUGAACAAGGUCUUUUAUUACAAGGAAUCAGCCUGUCUGAUAAAUUUAUUGAAGAACACAGAAAGCCAUCCCAAAAUAAAAAUCACUUUACUUACCCAGAGUUUUACAGUGACGAAAAGAAUGCCGAACUGUGCAGGCGUAAUCCUCUGAAGUUUAAGAAAUGUAAAGUGAGGAUAGAAUCAUCUCAUGGAGCCGUAUGUACCAACUUAGACCAUUCUGAUGACAUUCAAGAAAUAGAAAUAUCUGGCAGGUCUAAAAUUGGAAAAGUUUUUAAUGAAGACGAAGUAUAUGUUGAAGUCCUUCAGGAUGAAAGGGAUGCAUACAAGAACAAAAAUUAUAUCCCACGUUUACAGAAAACUUUAGAUUUAUCCAAAAUGAGCUUGAAAGUUUUUGGCCAGAUCAGAGGAGUUAAACAGCGUCAUCACCAUCCUGAUAUAGAUCAUCCUGUAUUUGUGUGUGUAUUGGAUGAAUCGGAAUUUCACCUCAUGCUACCAAUCUCUAAAACUGUCCCAAAACUCCACAUCCUGAACAGAAAAUGUCAGAACAAGUACCAAGUUGAUGUUUACAGAUAUAUUGAAGACAAAGGAUAUCUGGUUCAUAAAGAACUCUUUGAUAUAAAACCAGGAGAAAUUAAGAAUUAUAUUUUCUUAGUUGCAAUGAUCUGUUGGGAGAAUUUGUACCCACUAGGGGCAGUCAUCAAGGUUAUCAAUGCCAAAGAUGGUUUGAACUCUGGGAUGGAGAUAUUGAGAUUGCAUCACCAAGUGCCAACAGGCUACAAGUUAGAAACUGUAGAAACAGUUAAAAUGUUAAAAGAACAAGGACAUAAACUGGUAAAAAAAGAGGAAAGAGAAGAUUUGACUGACCUUGAGGUUUUCACCAUAGACCCAACAGAUUCUAGAGACUUAGAUGAUGCCUUAAGCAUAGAAGAGAACUCUGAAGGAAACUACAGAAUUGGAGUUCAUAUAGCUGAUGUGACAGCCAUCAUUAAAAAAGGUGAUUAUAUUGAUUGUGAGGCUUAUGAUAGAGCCACUACUUUCUAUCCAGGACAAGGUCGUAACCCUUACCACAUGCUACCCGAGCCUUUAAGUACCAAUCUUUGCAGCCUUAUACCUGGACAGCCUCGACCAGUCAUCUCUAUAUUUUUCACAUGUGACAAAGAAGGAAAACCACUGGAAAAGCAUGAGAUAAAGAAAACUGUGAUCAGAAGCAGACAAAAAUUGACUUAUCGUGAAGCUCAAGAUGUACUUUUGAACAUUGGAAGAAAUGUCUCGGACAGUAUUUGCAAACAAAUUAAAAAUCUGUUCACCAUUGCUGAAAGUAGAAGAAUAAGAAGAUUGGGUGGUGCCAUGUAUCAUGUUCCUAUAGAAACUGAUGAUGAUGAUUUUAUGGAGACAAAAGAAGCACACUUUCUGGUAGAAGAAUUUAUGAUACUAGCAAACCAUACAAUAGGUACAUACCUUUUUCGUAAAUUUAAAAACUGUGUCCCUUUGAGAAUACAGCAGCCACCAGAACCAGAAUGUGUCCAGCAGUGGUUAAUUUCAAAUGAUUUCUUUGCUGAUUUGAUUCUUAAACUGCAAGAAGUGCGUCCACUUCCAGCCAUUGAAAGUGAAAGAAAAUUGUCUGUCAAUAAUGCUAGAACUGGAAGAUACAAUAGAGUAUUGAUGUUUCAGCAGCAUGUUUGGAACAAACUCCAUUAUGCAUUUCGUAGAAAAGAUUUUCCAACUGUUAUGCAGAUACUUGGGUGUGACGAAAUUCAUCCCUUUGCUUGUUUAGGCCUUGAGGAAUGGUAUGAAUUUCAAGAAACAGCUGAAUACAAAUGUUCUGGAGAUAUACAAUCAAAGGGUGCAACCAAGAAAGAUGGCUCUCAUUUCAGUCUUGGAAUGUUUCCAUAUAUUCAUUUCACCUCACCAAUAAGGAGAUAUGUUGAUAUCAUCUCUCAUCGACUGCUGCACUGUGCCUUAGAUGAGAAAAAGCCUUGUUAUUCCCCUGAGGAAAUAUCAGAUAUGUGCCAUCACAUAAAUGAAGUUACACGUCGUGCUAAAGCUUAUCAAAACAAGUGCAGAGCUUUAAAUUGGGGUUACAAGUUAAGAAAAGAAUCAACUGUUUUCCAUGGUUUUGUGAAAACAGUGUCUGAAAAAGAGGUCACUGUGGUUAUACCAGGUCAUAGAAAUUUACCAAAAGAGUCUUGUACUUUGCAGUUAAACUCCCUUGGAUCUACCAAAAAACCUGUUUUUAAAAAAGAUACCAACAAUGGAAGGGAAAUACUAGAGUUACAAUGGAAGAAAAGGUUAUACUCAUAUAAUGGUUUUGCACCAAUAAAACGACAAGGAGAAGAUAAAAUUUACAGAGUAAAUCCACACAACAGGGCUUUCUUCCAGCAGCAAAACAAAUGGAAACAACUACAACAGGCAGUUAUUGAUGAAAAAACUUCCCAUGGAAAACUAAAAAAGCUUGAAAAAAUCUUUUUCAAUGGUGAUCUUGGGCACCCUGAAGCUAAUCUGGAAGAAUAUAUCCCAGCAUGUUUCAAGACUGAAAGAGAUGUAAGUUCAGAGGUCAGGAAGGGUACCAUAACUUUACAGAGUUGUGAAUAUAGCAUGACUUUUAACCAUGGUCAGGUGUUAGCACUUCAAAUGUCAGCUGAGUCUGUCAAAGGUGUCCUUAUUCCCCAGAUAGAAAUCUUUGAUAUGACCAAAAAUGUCAGAUAUUGUCUUCUACAUGUGAAAGAUCCCAUCAAGUACCUUGAGAAAUAUUCAACAGACUCCACAAAGGACUUUUACCACAGACCAGCAGACUACAUCAGAACAUGGAAACCAUUGGUUGAAAUGGAGGCAGCAACCAAUGCUAUCAAUGUUGGCACUGCUACCAUUAACGAUGUCCCAGUCAAGUUUUUAUCACAAAGGGAGGGGAAAUUUUCACUUCGAAAGGCAUUCUUGGAACAGAGAAAUAUAGAGAUCAAUAAGGUUCCAUUAGAAGUUUAUCUUAAUCCAGGUAAAGAGCAUAAAGAAGGAGAUGAAGAAGAAGGGAUCCGUGAAGUAGCCAGUCCAGAUUAUCUGUGCAUUAAAAGUGUGGAAUACUUAGGUGACGGGGAAGUCCCGGGUAAUGAAUUUGGCCACACACAUGGUUGUGCACCACAAGGUUACAGGAUAUGGCAUGGACAUGCAAAGAUAGAACGAGUUAAUGUGAAGGGAGAAAAAGGGAAAAUUGAUUUUAUCUUCAAGCUUCACAAAAGUAGCCAGCCAGUUCCAUUCGACUUCAGGAAAGAUGACGUUAAACCUAGAUGUGGAAUUGAAGUUCUUUUCAAGUCCAGUGCUGAUUGUCGAAUUGAUGGUAUUCUUCAGUGUUUGGACAAAGCUAAUCCUCUUCCAAAGGCAAUAGCAUUGGGAACCAAAAUUCCUAAGCUUGAUAAAGGACACUUUGAAAUUGGAAGAAAGAUGCAACCAGAUAUUAUGAACAUAGAUGGAAUUGUGAGGAAUAACCCUAAACAAUACAAUGCUAUCCAAAGAGCAUUGGAAUCAUCAUUUAGUCUGAUACAAGGACCACCAGGUACUGGAAAGACGUACACAGGCAUCAAGUUAGUUUACCUGUUUAACCAGAUCAACCUGAAAUGGCAGGAGAUGGGCAAUGAGAAGAAACAGAUUAUUUUCUGUGGGCCAUCUAAUAAAUCUGUGGAUCUAGUUGCAAAAUGGAUGAAAAGAAAGUUAGGUGAACAUUGCCCAAAGAUGGUCAGAUGGUAUGGAAGUUCUAUAGAGGAUCAGGAAUUCCCUAUUCCAGGCAAAACACCAACACUUGGGCGUGGAGAGAGAGCAGUUGCAGAUGAACAAUUGAGGGAGUAUUCCAUGCAUAUACAGAUUCGUCAACUGGGAAAACCAUACAUGGAAGAAAUAACUGCUUUUGACAGACAAUUCCGGCAACAUCCAGAUGGUGUUGACUACAAAGAUGUGAAUAAAUACAGAAAGCUUAUACACAAAGCUGUCAUUGAAGAAGUUUCACAUUAUGAUGUUAUAUUCUGCACAACUGCUAUGGCAACCAACCUUAGAAUAAUGGCUGGUACAAAUGGUCGUAUUUUCCAGAUCAUUGUCGAUGAAUGUGGAAUGUGUACAGAGCCUGAAAGUAUGGCUGCCAUCAUAGCAACCAGAGCUCAGCAGGUAGUCCUUAUUGGAGAUCACAAACAGCUAAGACCAAUAGUGAUGAGUAGCAAUGCUGCCAAACUUGGAUUAGAGAAGUCAUUAUUUGAAAGAUAUGCUGAAAAGGGCAAAAUGUUGACUAUGUUGACUUCACAAUACAGAAUGCAUCCAGAGAUUUGUGCCUUUCCAUCAAAGCAGUUUUACAAAAACAGACUUGAGACCAUGCCAUCUUAUACAUGGCGUACAGAUUCACCUCUCAAGUCAUGGUUAAAACAGAAUACCCCAGUCAUAUUUUGUCAUGUAGAAGGAACAGAGGAAUAUCUCCCCUUCAACACAGAAGAAGGAAAUGAACAGUCAUGUUCAAAUAAACAGGAAGUGGACCAAGUGGUAAAAGUAUUUAAGCACUUGGUAGAAGAUGAGUUGAUAGAUCCCCACUAUAUCAACAUUAUGAGUCAAUACAACUCACAGUGUCACAGUAUCAGACAGGAACUGAAGAAAGACAAAUUUAUACAAUUCAAUGUCAACACUGUAGUGGCUAGUCAAGGAGGUGAAUGGGACUAUGUAGUGAUAAGCCUUGUUAGAUCCCUACCAGAUUACAGAAUAGAACCAAAGCCAACAUUGGGUUGGUGUAAACAGAAUCUUGGUUUCAUCACUGAUGAACAUCAAACAAAUGUGGCCUUGACUAGAGCACGUAAAGGACUGAUUGUCGUUGGUAAUCAGAAGUUGCUUAAAUGCAAUGAUGUAUGGGCAAAUUUCCUUAACCAUUAUGGCCAGAAAGGUUGUGUGGUUGAUUGUGAUAAAUUCCCACCACCACCACAGAGAAUUCAAGAGAGAAAACAAAGGAAGAAAAAGUCCAGACGUGUACAGGAAAUGGAUGAAGAAUUUUACAGCCGUACAGAAGAGGAUCCAAACCAGGAAGAAGAAAGUCGUCCAGAAUAAGCUUAGUCAUUAUUUCUUGCUUUAUUUAUCUUCUGUCUAGUAUAUCAAGUGAAAUUUGAAAUAAAUAAUUUUAUACUUAUAUUUUCAUCAUUUUGCAAAAUUUUAAUGUUUGGCUUAAUAUUUAGUAAAAACCUCAAUGCUUUUAAAACUUGAUAUUUGGUAAAAAUUAGAGAAAUAUGAAUCUCUAGCUCAAUUUUUAGUAAUCUAUAACUGACUAGUUGGCUAUUGCAAUUAUUCUUCUGGAAUUUGUGACUUUAAAACCAGUUUUCACUGAAUUAUUUUCGACUCAAAAAGUAGCAAGCAUUGAAUGCAAUAUCUGUAUAAUUAUAUACUAAGCUGCUGUUUAUUGUUAAGAACAUGUAUGUACAGUAAAAUAUUGCUAGGAGGAUAUCUAAGUAGAAAGGUGAAAUGUGUCAUAUGUAUUGAUUGUAUAUAUAUUGAUUUAAAGGCUAGAGGUUAAAGUGCAAUUUGCACUUCGGUGUUGAAAAUUAAAUGACUUAUUGAUGUUAUACAUAUGGCAGUUUUGUAUUUAAUUAGCACAAAUAAUUGACUCUUCUUAGCUUAUAUUUCUAUGUAGUUUUUAUUUUGUUAUUAGUUGUUACUUGAUGUAAUGUUGUGCUUUGUGACAGUGGAUAUCACAGUUGACUAUGGAACCAUGCUUUUUAUGGUUUCUAAAAUUGUUAUAGUUCAAUAUUACAUGAAACCUUCUAAUAUGAUACCUGUUUGAUAGAUAAACCUUAAGUAAACAAAACAUGGUGUAAUUAUAUAAUGUUUACUAUGAAGAAUGAAAUGGAUUUUUUUUUUAUUUUGUUAAAAAUAUAAUACAUGACAUUUUUGACAUUUUGAACUAUGCAAGCAUAUUUUUGUAUUCUUAGGAAUAGACAAAACCUAAAAUGCAUCUUUUGAUAUAUUUCUUUAAUGUUCUAUUACAUAUCAAAACAAAAAGUUAAUAAUUCUUAAUGUGCCAUUAUAUUUAUCAGUUAGUGUGUAAUAUAUAUGUGUUUGACUUUGUACAUAAAUAUUGUAAUAUAUCCGUCCAAGAAAACAUGGAACAAAAGGUUUUUAUCCAUUGCUGUCAUAAGAACAGAAUCAUUAUUAAGUGUUUCCCCACUGUCCCCCCUAAAAUCACAGCCCUCUACUUCAGAGUUUGUUAUAGGGUGUUCAGGUAGUGUGAGGGUUUGCAUUGGAAUUUUGAAAAAAAAAUUUCUCAACCCAACUGACUUAGCAGACAUAAUUUUUAUUAAAGCCUUAUUAUGAAUAGAAAUAUAAGUACUUAGAUAUAAUAGUUUAUUUUUAUGAAAGUUUGAUUUAUUUAAAAAUGUGAAAUAACUAUACAAUGAAGUUUUUUGAGUUUGUGAUUAUAGGAUAAUAAUUUGUGAUCUUCAUUGCAGAUAAAACAGGGUCCAAUUUUUUUGUGAGCCAUUUUCUUUUUUUGUAUGUUUGUUCAUAUGUUCAUAAAUUUUAUUUAUAUAUAUGUUCCAGACUAUAUAAAUAUACAUAUGCUUCUUAUCUGUCAGACUUGGCAAGGAUCAUUUAUUAUACCUUCAGCUGAACCAUUGUAUAUGCAUAUGCCUGGACUAUAUCUGUAGUAUCUGUACAGUCCAAGUAAUCUUGUCUGGAAUAUAUGGUAUAAUUUUUUGUAUAUAAUUUAAACAGGGUAUUUUUUUUUGUAGCUUAAUUAGUUCACAUAUUAUUUUUUUUCUUAUUUUUUUAUUUUUACAUACCGGUGAUGUGUAACCAACAAAAUGUGCCAUAUGAAAUAUUUUCUUCAAUGUGCUUAUCUUCUUUUGUUUUGUAAAAACAUGGUGUACCAGCAUACAUAAAUUGGGUUUUUAACUUUAUAAUUUCAAGUUUUCAUUGUUGACAUUAAUCUCUUUGUGUAAUAUGACUAUAAAAAUUGUGUUAUUCAAUCCAAUGACACUAAAUGUUAUGUAAGCUACGGAAUUCUUACAUUUAAUAAAAUAAAUAUCUUUGAACUCCAUUAUUACAAAGUUGAUAGUCCCUCUAUGUUUGUUUUUUUGUGAAUAUUAUAAGAAUAUAUAUUGUUCAGCUGACUUAUUAGAAAUAUAUAGGAGAUAAUGUGUAUUAAGUAUUAAGAUUAAUGUGUCAUAUAUACAUGUAUGAGAUUAUAAAUAUAUAAAUUAUAAAGAAAUGCUGUGUUUAUAUCCAUGAUUAAAGAUGUCAAAAGUUUAAUCUUAUCUGUUUGAGAGAUGUUAAUAAUUAUAGAAAGCAUAUAUCCAUACUUUAUACUAAUAGUGCCAUAAAAGUUAAAAUUUUAUAGUUGACAAAGAUCUGUAAAACAUGUCUAUUUUAAGACAUCAGUUCAAUUCACAUUUGCAUUAUAGGUUUAUAGACAAGAGUGAACAGUCAGCCCCUUGUCCAAAGACAUGUUUCAUAUAUGAUGUGAUGAGUUUUAACCUUAUUAAAUAUAUUCAAUUUGUUUGAGGGGCCAAGUUCAUGACAGUAUAUUUUCUUGUAAUGUUUAAGUCAAGGGUUGGAAACUAUCAUAUUUGGCAGUCAAGAUGUAAUCUGAAAGACCAAUAUCUUGGAUUUAUGUCAUGAAAACAAAUGUAUGCAGAUAUAAUUUCAGUCAUUUCAAUAAAGGGUAUUUUAAUCUUUGCACUAAUUUUGUUUUGUACCACCUUGUCACAACAAGAUUUCUAAGACUCUGGUAAUAUCAAAUGAAAGGAAACUAUUUUUUCAGUCAUUAAAAACUUUUACAGGUAACAAAAUUAAAAAUACAAUGGUUUCUUGCCAUUUGAUGAACAGAACAAACCAGGAAGAUGAAUCCAUAAACCCUGGUAACUAGGAUUAACAUGAAACUUUUGGUUUUUAUUUCGUUUCUGAAAAUCAAAAGUAACUUGGGUGAUUCCUAAGCAACUUACAGUUUUCAGUCAUUUAAAUAAUCUAGUGAACUGAGUGCUUUUAUUCUUACUUAUUUUGAUUGCAAUAAACAAUUUAAUAUUUGCUACACUUUCAUGUUUCAUAAAUUUAUACCUGCUAAUAGAAAUUUUACUGUAUAUGAAUAAAUUAUAGUUUCAAAGUUGGGACAGAAUAUAUUGAUUACCUGUAUUAUUUACAUGAAGGAAUUAAAUAUUUUGCUUUUUAUCUAAAAAUCUAUUAAAUGUUGUUUCCUACAAAUAGUUGUAACCCAUUGUACUUACUUUUUUUAAUUAUAUUUUUUAAGGAAGAAAACAGAACUUUUUUUGCCAAGAAUGAGAUUCUUGUAUGAUCCACUGUUAAUUGUUUGUCUAAUAUGUGAGUUUUGUCUUUUAUUUAAUGCAAUCAUUACUUGUCUUUCAUUUUCAGUAUUAUUAUUAUUUUAGUUAUAAGGACCAAACUUGCUUGUUUUAAUAUUUGUAUGCUUUUUUAAUGUGUUGAUUUCUCAAAAUAAAUGUUAUAAAAAGAAA